AUGGCUGCGAAAAAAGUGCAGAAACAGACACAUUUAAAGAAGGAUGAAACCUUUGAAGAGCUGUUGAAACCUGUAUACAAGGGUAAGAAGCUUACGGAUGAAAUCAGUACCGCAGAGGAUAAAUGGAAUUUGCUACCGGCUUUCUUGAAGGUCAAGGGUUUAGUGAAGCAGCAUCUGGACUCUUUCAAUUACUUUGUUGAUGUGGAUCUGAGAAAGAUCAUAAAAGCUAAUCAACUUAUUCUUAGUGAUGUCGAUCCAGAAUUUUACCUCAAGUAUGUUGACAUCAGAGUGGGCCAAAGGUCCAAUGGCUCCAAGGACUAUUUAACACCUCCACACGAGUGCAGAUUAAGAGAUAUGACGUAUUCGGCACCAAUCUAUGUUGAUAUAGAGUAUACCAGGGGAAGGAAUAUUAUCAUGCAUAAGGAUGUGGAAAUUGGUCGGAUGCCAGUCAUGUUGAGAUCAAACAAAUGUAUUCUGCACGAGUCCGAUGAGGCAAUGAUGGCAAAGCUUAACGAGUGUCCAUUGGAUCCUGGUGGAUACUUUAUUGUCAAUGGUACAGAAAAGGUCAUCUUGGUCCAGGAACAAUUGUCGAAGAAUCGUAUUAUCGUUGAAGCCGAUGAGAAAAAGGCUAUUGUUCAGGCAUCUGUUACAUCUUCCACUCACGAAAGAAAGUCAAAGACAUAUGUGGUAACUAAGAAUGAAAAGAUUUACUUAAAGCACAACUCUAUCGCCGAAGACAUUCCAAUUGUGGUCGUGCUCAAAGCCUGCGGUAUUGUAUCUGAUCUUGAAGUCAUGCAAUUGGUCUGCGGUAAUGAUAGCAGCUACCAAGAUAUUUUUGCCAUUAAUUUAGAAGAAGCAGCAAAGUUGAACCUUUAUACGCAACAGCAGGCGCUCGAAUACAUUGGUUCCAAAGUCAAGACAGUCAGAAGGCAGAAACUUUCAGUGCUGCAAGAAGGUAUCGAGGCCAUCGCGACGACAGUAAUUGCGCACUUGACGGUCGAGGCUUUAGAUUUCAGAGAAAAGGCUUUGUACAUAGCGAUAAUGACCAGGAGAGUUGUUAUGGCUAUCUAUAACCCUAAGAUGGUCGAUGACAGAGAUUAUGUGGGUAAUAAGCGUCUGGAAUUGGCCGGUCAAUUAAUUUCAUUGUUAUUUGAAGAUUUAUUCAAGAAAUUUAACAGUGAUUUCAAAGCUAGUAUAGACAAAGUCCUGAAAAAGCCUAACAGAGCCAUGGAAUAUGAUGCUCUGUUAUCUAUCAAUGUUCAUUCGAACAACAUUACGAGUGGGCUAAACAGAGCUAUUUCAACCGGUAAUUGGUCCUUGAAGAGAUUCAAGAUGGAAAGAGCUGGUGUUACGCAUGUCCUGUCAAGAUUGUCAUACAUUUCGGCAUUAGGUAUGAUGACAAGAAUAUCCUCGCAGUUUGAGAAGUCCAGAAAAGUUUCCGGUCCAAGAGCUCUUCAACCCUCACAGUUUGGUAUGUUAUGUACUGCCGAUACUCCGGAAGGUGAGGCGUGCGGUCUGGUUAAGAACUUGGCAUUGAUGACACACAUUACUACCGACGACGAAGAAGAGCCUAUUAAGAAAUUAUGUUACCUCCUUGGGGUUGAAGAUAUAAGUUUGCUUGACAGUGCAUCUUUACACUUAAAUUACGGUGUUCACUUGAAUGGUACUUUAAUCGGUACGACGAAAUAUCCAACCAAGUUCAUCACGCAUUUCAGAAAUUUGAGGAGAUCGAGCAAAGUUUCGGCUUUUAUUUCAAUUUACGCCAACUCUCAUCAAAAAGCUGUCCAUAUCGCUACCGAUGGGGGUAGAAUCUGUAGGCCCCUGAUUAUUGUGUCUGAUGGGCAAUCGAGGGUCAAGGCUGAUCAUCUAAAGAAACUUUUAGACGGUGAAUUGGUUUUUGAUGACUUUUUGAAGCUAGGUUUGGUUGAGUACUUGGAUGUUAAUGAGGAAAAUGAUUCCUUUAUUGCGCUAUACGAAAAGGACAUUGAUCAGAAUAUUACACACAUGGAAAUUGAACCCUUUACCGUUCUGGGGGCCGUUGCCGGAUUAAUUCCAUACCCACAUCAUAACCAAUCUCCUCGUAACACUUAUCAAUGUGCGAUGGGUAAGCAAGCCAUCGGUGCUAUAGCAUACAAUCAAUUCAAAAGGAUCGACACGUUGCUCUACUUGAUGAUUUACCCCCAGCAACCAAUGGUUAAGACAAAAACAAUCGAACUUAUUGACUAUGAUAAAUUACCUGCUGGUCAGAACGCUACGGUUGCGGUCAUGUCUUAUUCGGGGUAUGAUAUUGAAGAUGCUCUUGUUCUAAACAAAUCUUCCAUCGAUAGAGGUUUUGGAAGAUGUGAAACUCGUAGAAAGAAUACCACAGUUCUGAAGAGAUACCCUAACCAUACGCAAGAUAUCAUUGGCGGUAUGCGUGUUGAUGAAAACGGGGAACCAAUAUGGCAGCAUAAAUGUUUAGGUCCCGAUGGGUUGGGUGAAGUUGGUAUGAAACUGGACAGCGGGCAAAUUUAUAUCAACAAGUCGAUUCCAACCAAUUCAGGUGACGGCGUUCUAACUAACACUCAGUCGCAGUACAAGGAGACGCCCGUCAUUUAUAGGGCGCCUGAGCCAUCUCACAUCGACCAGGUGAUGAUGUCCGUAUCUGACAAUGAUCAAGCACUCAUUAAAGUGCUGUUAAGACAAAAUAGAAGGCCCGAACUCGGUGAUAAAUUCUCUUCUAGGCACGGGCAGAAGGGUGUGUGUGGUAUCAUCGUCAAGCAAGAGGAUAUGCCAUUUAAUGAUCAAGGUAUCUGUCCCGAUAUUAUUAUGAAUCCCCAUGGUUUCCCCUCUCGUAUGACUGUCGGUAAAAUGAUAGAACUAAUAUCUGGUAAAGCUGGUGUCCUCAAUGGUACCUUGGAAUACGGUACCUGUUUCGGCGGUUCCAAACUUGAAGAUAUGACGAAGAUAUUGGUAGAUAAUGGGUUCAAUUAUUCAGGUAAGGAUAUGCUGUACUCUGGUAUAACAGGUGAGUGCUUACAAGCUUACAUCUUUUUUGGUCCAAUCUACUAUCAAAAGUUGAAGCACAUGGUGUUGGACAAAAUGCACGCAAGAGCUAGGGGUCCAAGAGCAGUCCUUACACGUCAGCCCACUGAAGGUAGAUCCAGAGAUGGUGGUCUUAGACUGGGUGAAAUGGAAAGAGAUUGUGUUAUUGCAUACGGUGCUUCACAGUUGUUACUAGAGAGACUAAUGAUCAGUUCAGACGCAUUUGAAGUUGAUGUUUGCAACAAAUGUGGUCUAAUGGGUUAUAGCGGCUGGUGUACAACUUGUAGAAGUGCAGAAAACAUCAAUAAGAUGACUAUCCCAUACGCUGCUAAGCUUUUGUUUCAAGAGUUAUUGUCUAUGAAUAUCGCUCCAAGACUGAGACUAGAGGAUAUUUUCCAGCAGUAG